AUGGGAGUGUACUUAAGCAACUAUUAUUACGUGUUGAUAAUAGUGUUUGUCUUGGGAAAAGAAGUGAGAAGCCAGUCGUUAAAAAAUGGUUAUUAUUCAACUUCAUGUCCAAAAGCUGAGUCCAUAGUAAGAUCCACCGUUGAAUCUCACUUUGAUUCUGAUCCCACCAUUUCGCCUGGCUUACUUAGGCUUCACUUCCACGACUGUUUUGUUCAGGGCUGUGAUGGAUCGGUUUUAAUCAAAGGGAAAUCUGCGGAGCAAGCCGCUCUACCGAAUCUCGGUCUUAAAGGGAUGGAAGUGAUCGACGAUGCGAAAGCCCGGCUUGAGACGGAGUGUCCAGGAGUUGUGUCAUGUGCAGAUAUACUUGCACUUGCUGCUCGUGACUCUGUUGACUUGAGUUCUGGGCCGAGCUGGCGUGUUCCAACGGGUCGUAAAGAUGGGAGAAUCUCGUUGGCAUCGGAAGCAUCGAAUCUACCUUCGCCACUUGACUCUGUUGCUGUUCAAAAGCAAAAGUUUCAAGCUAAAGGGUUGGAUACUCAUGAUCUCGUUACUCUUCUAGGUGCACAUACAAUAGGACAAACGGACUGUCAAUUCUUCCGUUACCGUCUAUACAACUUCACUGUGACCGGAAACUCGGACCCAACCAUAAGCGCAUCGUUUCUUACACAGCUCAAGACUCUUUGUCCUCCCAAUGGAGACGGUUCUAAACGCGUUGCUCUUGACAUUGGCAGUCCCUCGAAGUUCGAUACAAGCUUCUUCAAGAACUUGAGAGAUGGCAACGCCAUUUUGGAGUCGGACCAACGGCUUUGGUCGGACGCCGAGACAAACAACGUGGUGAAGAAGUAUGCAAGUACUAUUAGAGGUUUGUUUGGGUUUAGGUUUGAUAAUGAGUUUGGUAAGGCCAUGGUUAAGAUGAGUUCCAUUGAUGUAAAGACAGACGUCGAUGGUGAGGUUAGAAAAGUUUGUUCCAAGGUGAACUAG